UAUUCCUGGUCUCUCUCUUUCGAUCCCAACUUUUCGUUGUCUCUCCCGUAUAUACAUCCUCCGUAAACAGAACAAAUCAUUUCUCUUCCUCUGGCUGCCUCUCUCUCUUCUUCUUCUGAAGCUUCAUAAUGACGAUGAGGAGAGGAGAGCAGAGGCUAGAAGCCAUCUCUGCAAUGGACCGUACAAUCAUCAACAAUGGGAGAAAUUAUACUCAGAAGGAAGAGCAAGAGGUUGAGGCAAUCUCCCAUCUUCUGGAGGAAAUCACAGUGCUUCUUUCUCAAUGGAAUGGCCUUCAAAUGGCUGUCGAAAAUCAAUGGGGAGGCCGUGACUCUGUCCAGAAAGCCCACCAGCUUGCUGUUGAUGUUCUCUCUUGGUUUUCUCAAUCAAAAGCGCUGCUUUAUGUAGAUGACUUAGAAACUCUGUUACAUGAAAGUUUGCUGCUCUCUUUGAAUACAGAAAUUGAGGAUGGCAGCAUAGAGGAGGUUGCAGAGAAAUUGAUGAUUAUGUAUGAAGAAUACUUGCAGAGAUAUAAUGGGAUAAUAGACGGAGGUAGAGAAGAGCACCAUUAAUUAAAUCCACAGGUGUUUGGAAACAUUUAUUAUCAGAGAUUGAGAGAACAAAUGGAAUGUUGUAAGGAAUCCGGUUAAUUUCAAUAGCCAAUGACUGUUUUAUGUCAUGGUAUAUAGGUAUUUGACUGUAUUUCACCUUGUAUUCUAACAUUCUUUAGUUAUAUAAAAUGUGAUAUAUAUUUUUCAUUGAAA